AUGGUAAUGUGCUUAAGCAAACAAUCUUUGACAAACUUAAUUCUGAAAAAUUAAACUGUCUAGUAAGCUAUUAUUAAAAAAAGUCAAAGAUUUAACUCUUUAAUUUAGUAAUAUAAAUAAGAAGAUAUUAUAGGAGAUAGUUAAGAUUCUGAUUUGCUCUCCAAAAUUAACUUUGACAAAAUCUAUAAAAUUGAUCCAUUUCAAAGUCAAAGGAAAGAAGAUUAAUCUUAUUAGGAUGAAAAUUGA